AUGGAAAUAGGGCCCAAUUACCACAUUGGACACUUGGUACUGGAUUAUAUGAAGCGGCAUCGACAAAUUGUUGGCCAGAUAGAUGCAGCAACGGGAGAGGAGCAAACUUAUGGUGCAACCUUAUCUAGAUCUAUUGAGUUAGCAAGAUCACUUCGGGAAAUGGGCUUUAAGCCUGGCGACUCCGUAGCUAUUGGCGGUAGAAAUCAUUUAGAUAUCCAUAUACCCUUCUACGCAAGUAUUUUUAAUGGCUUACCAAUAGUUGGGGUUGAUCCAUAUUUUAAAUAUGAUGAAAUUUAUAAGUUAUUCGACUUAUCAAAACCUAAAAUAGCCUUUUGUCAAAAUGAAUACAAAGAAACGUAUGCUAAGGCAGCAUCGGAUCUUGGGCUACAGAUGAAAAUAGUUUCAUUUGAUGGAGACUCUUCGAUAUCAGAUGUCAUUAAAACUUACGAUACGAAGGAACCUGAGCAAGAUUUCAAACCGCAAGAAAUCGAUAUUGAAAAUAUAUGCGCCUUUCUGAUCAGCACGAGUGGCACAAGUGGUAAAGUGAAACUUGCAAUUAUUAAGCAUGAACCAUUUAUGAUAAAGUUGCUGCGAAUGUUUAAACAGAGUGUUGCCAAUAAAAAAACACACAAGAGAACGUUGAAUUUGUCUCCGGUACAAUGGAUAUCGAACUAUUUUAUAUGCAUGUUCGCGCCAGUAAUGGGAGAUACAAAAAUUCAAACAUCGAAACCAGAUGAUCUUGAUCACAUUAUUGAAAUAAUAAAUAAGUAUAGACCUCAAACAUCUCUAAUGAGCCCCAGUUUAAUGUCGAUGUUGCUGAGUCGUAAAGAAGAAGUUGAUCUCACAAGUUUUGAAACCAUAAGUUUAGCAGGAUCGAAGGUCUAUCCCGACAAGUUAGAGCAAUUUAGGAAAUUACUAUCGAAAGACGCGCUUAUAUUGGAUAAUUAUGGCCAGACAGAAAUGUUAGGUCCUAUUUUGAUUGCGAGUCCGUUCAGUCCAGCCGGCAGCUGCGGGAAAUGUUUACCUGGGUAUAGUAUAAAGCUAGUUGAUCCCGAUACUGGUAUAGAAAUUAAGGAACCGAAUGUAACAGGAGAAUUGUGGUCGAAGAGUUUGUUACGAUUUGCGGGAUAUUACAACGAUCCGGAAGAGAAUCGAUUAUCAUUUUCUGAAGAUGGCUACUUCAAAACAGGAGAUCUCUUGUACAGAGAUGAUGAUGACAACUACUAUUUUGUGGACCGCUUAAAAACACUUAUAAAAUACCGGAAUUCGCAUGUGAUAGCAUCAGAAAUAGAAGAAGUAAUAGGAACUCAUCCGUCUGUAAAAGAAGUUAGUGUGAUCGGUAUUAAACACCCGGAGGACGGACAAAGACCGGUCGCAUGUAUAGUUAAAAAGAAAGACAGUCAUGUUACUGCGCAAGAGAUUAAGGAUCUUGUUACGAGUAAAUUAUCGAAAAAUAAAGCCUUACAUGGCGGCGUAGUUUUCCUAGACAGAAUACCUAUGACCUCUACAGGAAAACUGGCGAGAGGGAAACUUCAAGAAAUCGUUUUAAAUUUCACCACAGAA